AACCCCCAAAAUUCUUCUAAUAUUAGGUCAUCCCACACCUCCCAUACUUUACUCACCCACUUCUUUUCUUCACCACACUAUACCACUCUUUCCUCUCUUCCUUUUCCUUUCCCUUCUGUCUCCUGCUUUAGCAUUCAACAACCAUGGCAACCAAACAAAACCAAACCCUCACCGCCCUCCUUUUCAUGUUCAUACUUCUCAAUUUUUGGGGUCAAACAAUGCAAGAGACCCCAUGUCCAUAUCCUUGUUACCCUCCACCAAUCGGCACAGGCACUGGCACCGGCACGCAAUCUCCUCCGGCGAGUUUGACACCACCUUCUCAAACAGCAUCAUACCCUCCUCCUGCAACCAACCCUACACCGACAGGGAAUUUACCAUAUUACCCUCCACCACAAGGUGAUGGAUUCUCGUCCGUUCCUCCCCCUCCUGACCCCAUCUUGCCUUAUUUUCCAUACUAUUACCGGAAGCCUCCUCAUCAAACCGACAACUCAUCAGCUGCAAGCUCCGGAAAAUUGCUGGUCUUGGUGAUCGCUGCCGCGAAUUUCCUUGUUUCCUUCCUCUUAUGCUAGUGAAUUUCAUUUUGGGGGAGUUUAAUAUUAAUUUGUCAGAUCAAUUAGCUAGAAAUUUUGAUGUUGGAUAAGCACGAGAGUACUUUUAAAUUAUAUAUUAGCUUCUUGGUAUGUGCUUUAGUUGCAGAAAAAGGUUGUAAAAAGAGAAGGAAUCGUUACUAGGGAUACGUGGUGGCCCUAAUGCUUGACUCUUCUGUUUGUAAUGUAGACAUAAUUAAAUAUAUUAUUAUUAUUAAU